CAGCCGUGUGUGUCCUCUACAAACACACACACUUUGAUAAAAACACACACACAGAAGACAACGUCACCACAGACAGAUGUUGUGAAGUGAAGACAGACAGACAGAAAGGAAAAAAACCAGCAUGGCAUCCUUCAUCCCGGAGCAAGGUCUGUCCCCCCCUCUGUGUGGACGCUCUCUCCCCCAGCAGGAGCUUCCAUCUCUGGGUCUUGAUCCGUCUGACUUCAGCCUGUACAGCCCUCCGGCUCCUCCUGAGCCCAGCCUGUUAGCAUCACCAUGGCUACCACCCUCCAACAACCACAGAGACCCCUACGUCUGCUUCGACAGCCCAGAGCUGGGCCCCGUCCCCAGGGCCGCGGGUCUCCCACCAGCCUACGGAGGCUUCUUCCCUCAUCUCUACGGCCUCCAGAGGCCCCUGCUCUCUAGCAGUCCCUGGUUCUCCCUGUCCUCCACGGAAGACAUGCUGCGCCUGGUUCGCCCACCCUACUCUUACUCUGCCCUCAUCGCUAUGGCGAUACAGAGCGCACCAGAGCAGCGGCUGACGCUCAGCCAGAUCUACCAGUAUGUCUCCAACAACUUCCCCUUCUACAGUCGCAACAAGGCCGGCUGGCAGAACUCCAUCCGCCACAACCUGUCGCUCAACGACUGUUUCCAGAAGGUUCCCCGCGAUGAGAAAGACCCAGGUAAAGGAAACUACUGGACUCUGGAUCCAAACUGUGAGAAGAUGUUUGACAACGGAAACUUUCGCCGCAAGAGGAAGAGGAAGGCGGAUAACAUAACCACUGGAAAGAAACCCUCCUCUUCCUCCUCCUCUGACUCCUCAUCAUCAGAGCCCAGCCCAAAAAUUCCCAGGAGCGGCAGCACUGAAUUCCCUGCUCUCUCUGACGACUCCCCCGGCCUCAGCAGCUUCCUGUGUCACAUCCAGGACUCUCUCCUCUCUCCUUUUCCUCCUCCUCAUGUCAGCCCCCCCUCAGUGUACACGCAGGUACUGGACCAGGCCUCCCCUCCUCCUCCUCCACCUCCUCCUCAGGGAUACUCAUACUCACCUGGCGCUGUGGUGCCACAGUGGGACACCUGUAGCUCCUCCUCCUCCCUCCAUCACUCCUCUCCCCCUCCUCCUCUCCUCCCCUCCUCCCAGCUGACUCCCCCACACCUCCCCUCCUUUGCUGACCCUCAGCCCGGCUCACCGCCACUCUAUGUCAACCUGCAGACGGCACCCUGUUUCCUGCCGGACCUCCAGGAGGCCCAGCAGCUGCAGCAGCUUCAGGCCCAGUGUGGGCCUCUCUUCUCUGGGGGCUUCUCUGAUGCUCUGCCCCUUGACUCUCUGGUCCUCCAGCAGUGACACAAACUGACGGUGACGCUUGCAGAGAAUGUCUCGUGUUUACACUGAAAACUGAUGUGAAUCUGAUGUUUAAUUUUAAAGUUUGUAAAAAAAAAAAAUUGUAAAAUGUCUCAAGAUGAAUGUUUGAAUGAAUUCAAACCAGCCAGAACGCACUGAGCUUGCGGUGUGUGAGUGUUGGAAUAUUUUUAUUUAUCUUUUUUUUCUUAAAGUUAAAAAAG